UGAACGUGUAGUAGGUGAGGCUUUUAGCUGUGUUUAGACUUUGGAAGGAACCCGAGGACGAGGAGUGUGGGAGAGAGUCUUCUAACCCGACGCAAAAUGUCCAGGAUGUUUAAGAAAAAGGAGAAAGAGACGUCGGUGAAGAUCAACAGUGUCCCGACCAGCGGCCUGGCACAGUUGAUCAUACAGAUGCAAAAGAAUGCAGACGUGGUGGAGAAAGACAUCCUCCGGGCUGAGAGCCUUUUGGCUGUGGAUGCCGAGAACGACAAGAACGACCUCCCCUACCAGCAUCAACAGGAGAUCUGCGACAAGCUGGGCGAAGCUGAGGGUCUGCUGAAAAACCUCUUCCUGGAUGUGGACAAAGCCAAGUCGCUCCAUCACCCGCAGGCCAAAGAUAUUGAGAGCGAUGUCCGCCAUCUCCAUGAUCGUUGGCUUAAGGACUGCACUUUCUAUCGGGACAUCUUUGAGCAGAUCAAUGAUGUGUCACUGAUGCCCAGAAUCGACUGGGGGUCUGUUCUUAAUGACAAGCAGAGAGCAGUGAACAGUAAUGCGUUUGGCCCCACCAUGGCAGAGCUGGAGAAGCAAAUUGCAUCGCACAAACUCGUGCAGCAGGAGCUGGACGCCUACAACUCACAGCUGUGUGUCAGUUCUGCAGGCACCAAGGACGACCUCAUGGCAUACAAGAAGCAGUACAACAAAAUUCUGGAAAACUCCAAGUGGCGCGGCCACUACCUGAACAGCCUGCACGAGUACAUGCAGGGCUGCAACAAGGAGCUGAGUUUCCUGGGAGAGGAGCAGAAUAAAAUCCAGAAGCAGGACUGGAGUGACCGCAUGGCGGAUCCUCCAGAUGUUCGCAGGCAGUACGAGAACUUCAAGAACAACAGUCUGCUGUCACAUGAGAGCGAGGUGAACAGACUGCAAGAUGAAGGAGACAAGCUGAUUGAGUUGAAUCACCCUGCCAGCCAAGUCAUACAGGAGCAGAGAGACGCCGUUCGCAACGACUGGCAGAAAUUCCUCCACCUGUGCAUUUGUCAAGAGACACACCUGGACAACUUGGAGAACUACAAAAAGUAUCAACUGGACACAGAGCAGCUGUCAGAGACACUAAACAAACUCAACACUAGUUUGGACCCGAAGAUCUCCAAUAAGAAGAGCAACUCGGAGGUGCUGCUGCAGCUUGAGGUAGAGGAGAAGGCCGUGCAAGACAGUGAGCAGCUGCUGGCUGACCUGAGGAAGCGCAGCACCACCGUUGCUCCUCUGAAGCAGCGUCGUAGCCCCCUCAACAGAUCGGUCAUGGUGGAGUCGCUCUGUGACUGGGAGACUGAAAGGGGAAGUCUGUCAAGAGGAGAGAAGUGCACGUUGAAAUCCAAUUCUGACCUUCAGAACUGGGAUGUUGUAACCAGCAAAGGGGUCGGUGGCACCUUCCCAGCGGUUUGCUUAACCAUUCCACCGCCUGAUCCAGAGGCCAUUAACAAAGUGGACCUUAUGGGUGGUGAACUGGACGACAUCAAGAGGAGAAGAGCCGCUUUGGCCAAGUCCCUCAACAAUCACAAGUCAGAGCUGGCCCAGGCCCAGAAAUCAGCCCCAGUGUCCGCCCAGGUGGAUCCCAGACUGUCAAUGCUGGGUCAGCAGUUGGAUAAGCUCAAUGCCGACCUGGCCAAUGCUGAGAAAGGCAUGCUUAGCCGUAUGCGAUCCCCGCUGAGCCACUCCAACCCCACUGGAGAUCUGACCAACAGGUUGAAGGAUCAAGAUCAAGCAGCCAGGGCACUGAACGACUUGGAGAAACAGGCGAUUGCUGCUCAGGCUGAACUAAAGCCUCUCCUGUCUAAAGACCCAAAUGCCUUCUCAGCACUGCCACUCAAACUGAACGCCGCCAACAACAAGCAUGAUGGCAUUGCUGGACUUGCUGACCUCUACACAAAGAAGGCGAAUGCAUCACUCAACCUGGAAAAUCAGAUAAAGAAGGUGGAUGGCCUGGUUUCUGGCUUUGAGAAGAAGCUCAGUGAAGACGGUCCAAUACUUGACGUGCCAAGCUCAAUCCAAGCUGCCAACGAAAAUAUAUAUCAACAGCGGCAGUCUGUGGCAGCGGCUCAGCCCGACAUGAGGAAGCUGAGUCAGGAUCUGGAGAACACCGAGCAGCUAUGCAGCUCCCUGCAGCAGGGGUUCCAGGAGUUCUGUCCCGACAUCCAGCGUCAGAGGACCGAGGUCAAACACCUGCAGAACCGCUACGCCAACGUUGACAACCAGCUGAAGGAGAGGGAAAACAUCUUGCAAGAGGCCGGCUCCAAAAAUCAAGAGUUCCAAAGUUCAGCCAAGUCUCUGAAUUUCUUUCUAAACAAUCUGCCGAAAAACAAAAUAAACUACAACGACGAUCUGGCUCAGGUGUCUGCGAUGCAGAGCUCUCAGGAGAGGGUGAUGGAUGACCUGAAGCGCAAAGGAAACGACAUGGACAGACUGACUGACGUGUCUCAGGACGUCCAGAAUCUACUCCGCGAGUAUGACGCCAACAUGGACAAAUUCAACAGUACGCUUGAAGGCGCCGGUGCCACCCUCCCCAAGAGACCUUACACGCUCACCCUCAGCGAGGCUGUUCAGAAAGAGGAAAUGGAUCUGGUCAACCGUUACGCUGAGGCAACCGCUGAAAAUGCUCAGCGCCAAAAGCAGAUGGGGUUGGCUCGUAAUCUGAUGGCGCAAAAUGAAGAGAAAGUCCACUUGCUGGCGCAACAUCAAGUGCAGCUGGAAAGCCAGCAAAGGAGUGCUUCCGAGGCAAACAGUCUUGUCAGAGAGCUGGACGAAGAGAGGGAGAGGACACUGCAUGUUGAGACCAAUCUAAAAGCCUUCAGAGAUAGGUUGAUGUCACUGAGGAAUCGCAGAGGGGUAGAACGUGUGGAAGAAAAAGAAGUGCUCCAAUACUAUCGUGAGCCAAAAAGUGAGGCCGAGUUUUUAGAUUUACAGAAGAGACUACACGAAGAGGUCAUGAGAAGAACCACCGUCUACAACGAGGUGGAGAUGUACAAUAAGAAGUUUGCCCUCCUUGAGGACAACUUCAAAAAUACUCCGCCCAAACUGCUGACUAGAGAGGUGACCGAGUUUGAGAAAGAUCCUCUUCUAGAUGUAGAGGCUGGGAGACUUAGAGACGAGCUAUCGAGAAUGAGAGACGACAUCCGGCUGCGUGAGUCAGAGUACAUUCAGAUCAAGACGGAAAUCGAGAUUCUCCAGCAAAAGAAACCACUCAUCAAAGAGAGGGUGGUGAAGAAAGAAGUACUCAAAGUGGAAAAAGACCCAGAGAUGUUGAGAGCGGUGCGAGUGUUUGAGACCGAAAUUUCAGACGAGAAUAACAAAGUGAAGUUCAUAAAUGAUGACAUUUUCCAACUGAGAAGCCAGAUUAAUGCACUGGAAAGACUGAUUCCCAACAUCCAGCCAAAAGUCAUCACAAAGGAAAUUAAAAAGGUGGAGCAGGACCCCGAACUCAUCACAGAGACCAAGAGGAUUCGAACAUCUUUGGAGAGUGAAAUGAUGGGUAACAACACCAUUUCCAAAGAGCUGCUGGAACUCCACAGUCGCUACAGAGAAAUUAGCAGUUUCAAACCCAAAGUGGAGGUGAAGGAAGUCGUUAAUGAGAUCUUCCGGAUCGAUCCAAAUACAGAGAUAGAGAUAAUGCGUUUGAGGAAAGAGAUACAGGAGGCUAACAUGCACCGCUCAGGUUUGGAUAGGGAUAUCGGAAGGAUCACCUCAGAGCUUAAUAUUCUUCGAUCGCAGAAGCCCAAAGUGGAGAUGAAAGAAGUCCUUCAAGAGGUGGUGAAGGAAGAAAGAAGCCCUGAAAAUGUGCGAGAGAUUCAGAGGUUAAAUGAACAGAUUAACAUCACCCACAACAAUUACAACUAUCUCGUAGAACAGGUGAGAACACUCAAAAAAGAGAGAGACAGCUGGAAGGCUGAAAAGUCUAAGGUAGAGACCAAAGUCCUCACCAGAGACAUUAUCAAGUAUGAACCUGACCCUCUCUUGGAGAAAGAGGCUGACCGCCUGAGAAGAGAGUUGCGUGACGAGGCGCAGAGGCGGCGCUCGAUCGAAGAGAUGGUGUUUGACCUGAAGAACAAAUACAUCUUGCUGGAGAGACAGAAGCCCGAGGAGAAAGUGGUCGUGCAGGAGAUUGUGCGUUUACAGAAGGACCCGAGGCAAGUGCUUGACCACGAGAGGCUCAGUAGGAGCCUGGAUGAGGAAGUGAUGACUCGCCGUCAGAUCGAGCUGGAGUUACAGCAUUUGAGAACAAAGGUGGGGGAAAAGGAGAGGCUCCUUCGAGAGAGCAAUGAGCAACAGAAGAGAAUUGCCGCAGAGUCGGAAUUGAAAGAGCUUAGAUUCCGUAUCCACCAGUUGGAGCACUCCCCACCUGCUAUCCAGGAGAAUAUUGUUGUCGAGGAGGUGCUGAAGGUGGAGAGAGAUCCAAAACUGGAGAGGAUGACCAACGGCCUGCGUGUAGACAUGGAUAAGGAAUCCAAUGAAAUCCUGCGUCUCCAGAGAGAGAUCCGUAACAUCACCCUGAAGCUUGAGGUCCUCCACAAGGAGAAGUCUGGUGAGAAGAAAGUGUACAAGGAGGUUGUCCGUGUGGAGAAAGACCAAGCUGUGGAAUCAGCCAGGGAUCACUUGAGGGAACAGGUAUCCAAGCAAAAGUUUGCAAGGCAGGACGUAGAGGAUCAAAUCAAACGUCUGAAUACUAAAGUCAACCAUCUGAUGAGUAGCAAGUCUAGCACCUCUAGAGAAGAGACUACCAUAACCAUGAACAGAGAUGCCCUCCUGAGGGAGAAGGACAACCUGACUCGUGAGCUCAGGACCCUGGAGACUAAGAAACAAGACAUUAACUUGUCCUACGAGAAGCAGAGCAGGCUGAUGAGUGAGAGGACGCAGAUGAGCCAGCACAGGAGCAUGAAGAUGGGUUCUGACGUCCAGAUGAUUGAGAGGGAAAUCCUGAGCGAAAAGGACAAGAUCCACAUUCGUGACAGCACCAUCCGAGACCUCCUGCUGAGUAUACAGAAAGAGGACCAUUCAGAAACUAGGACUAAAGAGACCAACGUGUCCACCAAAAUCACCAUUCUGGAUCCAGAUACCGGCAAAGACAUGUCUCCCUAUGAUGCUUACGUGCGUCGUCUGAUCGAUCGCCAGCAGUACAUUCACCUGCAGGAGCUGGAGUGCGACUGGGAGGAGAUCACUUCUACUGGACCCGACGGCGAGACGUCUAUAUUACAGGAUCGCAAGAGUGGAAACCAGUACCCCAUUAAGGACGCCCUGAGGGAAGGCAGGCUGACCCAGAGAGAUUUGGAGAUGUAUAAACAGGGAAAACUCCACAUCUCAGAGUUUGCCUUGCUGGUUGCUGGGGAAACAAAACAUAGGCCUCAGUUCAACUCUCUUAGCUCCAGGACCAGCACAUCAGUCAUAUCAGCUCCCUUCGACUCAAACCUGACACAUCCAAUCGCUGGGGUCAUGGAUACACACACUGACACCUGCUUCACCGUGCGCAGCGCUGCUAUGCGCAAACUUAUCGACCCCACUACAGCCCAAAAGCUUUUGGAGGCUCAGGCAGCAACCGGCGGUAUCAUUGACAUCACCACAAAGGACAGACACUCCGUUCACAAGGCGGCCACCAGAGGUCUCGUGGAGGACAGCCAGCUCCAGAGGCUCCUUAACGCUCAAAAGGCCUACACCGGCAUUGAAGACCCUGUGACCAGAGAGCGUCUGUCUGUGGGCGAAGCCGUCCAGAAAGGCUGGAUGCCAAAGGAAAGUGCCACUUGGUACAUGGAAGCUCAGCACCUGACUGGAGGGCUGGUUGAUCCAAAAACCAACAGAAGAAUAAGCAUCGUGGACGCCAUCGGAUCCAAGAUGAUUGACAGCACCAUGAUGAGAGGGAUUCAAGCUGAAACAAGUUACAGGAAGGACAUCACCGACCCCCUCACCAAGCAGAAGAUCAACUACAAGCAAGCCCUGGAGCGCUGCAGGAGAGACCCCAACUCUGGCAUGCUGAUGCUGCCGGCCUCCUCCAAAGAGUCGGGUUACACUCCAACAUACAACAGAUAUUCUAGAUUCUAAAUGUUUACUGCUUUGUCAAGUGAUGGAUUCAAAAAACAUUUGGGAUCAUAUUAUACAAACAAACCCAGCAUACGAUUUUCUGAGAUUUUUGUCAAGACAAAAACAAUCGCUGUUUACCAAACAUGUCAGAUGUGGGCAAGAUGUCUAGAAUAGAAGAUUACAAAUGAAGUGCCUUUUCGAUGAUAUUAUUGUGGAAUACUGGGACAUGGUGCAAUGCUAUUUUACCAAGACGAAUAUGAUUCUGUAUUACUCGUGGGCUAUCAUUGACACUCUUGUUUGAUACUUUAUGAAAAGCAUAUCAAUAAAUUUAAAUUAUAACA